CGAGCCUUUCCGGCGCCGUGCCCCGGAAGCGGAAGUGCGGCCUGUAGUCCGUCGGCGUCGGUGUGUCCCUCGGUGGUCACGGAGGCUGGGGAAGUCGUUUUCGCUUCGCUUUUGCUGGCUCCAGAGCGCGUCCUCCCCGGCGGGUGGGAGUGCGGGGACGAAGGGGCGCGAUGAGCACCAUGUUCGCGGACACUCUGCUCAUCGUGUUCAUCUCUGUGUGCACGGCGCUGCUGGCCGAGGGUAUAACCUGGGUCCUGGUUUACAGGACAGACAAAUACAAGAGACUGAAGGCGGAAGUGGAAAAACAGAGUAAGAAAUUGGAAAAGAAGAAGGAAACAAUAACAGAGUCAGCUGGUCGACAACAGAAAAAGAAAAUAGAGAGGCAAGAAGAGAAACUGAAGAAUAACAACAGAGAUCUAUCAAUGGUUCGAAUGAAAUCCAUGUUUGCGAUUGGUUUUUGUUUUACUGCCCUAAUGGGAAUGUUCAAUUCCAUAUUUGAUGGUAGAGUGGUGGCAAAGCUUCCUUUCACCCCUCUUUCUUACAUCCAAGGACUGUCUCAUCGAAACCUGCUGGGAGAUGACACCACAGACUGUUCCUUCAUCUUUCUGUAUAUCCUCUGCACUAUGUCAAUUCGACAGAACAUUCAGAAGAUUCUUGGCCUUGCCCCUUCACGAGCUGCCACCAAGCAGGCAGGUGGAUUUCUUGGCCCCCCACCUCCUUCUGGGAAGUUCUCUUGAACUCAAGCAAGAACUCUUUAAUUCCUGUUCUUUCAGAUACUCACAUCAGACUGGCAACUAUUUUGCAGCAAGAGCCAUAGGCAGCCUUAGCACUUGGGCCACUUUCUAGUUUUGAGUUAUUUCUAGGCCUUUUGAAUAUGAUUAGAAUGAAAAUGGCACCCAACAAAUAUAAUAGUGCUUUUGGUCUUAGAUGAAUUUUUUUUAAAUAAAUGGGUUGAUUAGUUAAGUUCAGGUGAUGUUUCUGUAAUGAGAAGCAAAUAGCAUCUUUCUUGUUUUACUUAGAUAAAUAUUUUCUGUGGGACCGACUCUCAAGGCUGUUGUAUGUACCAUGGAAGCUGGUUUUCUAUAAACAUUUCGAUAGCUACAAGAAAAAUUUUGUUUGUGUAACUCUUAAUUGGAACUAUUGUGUUUUUUUUUUUUUAAGCCAAAUAAUGACUUGAGAUCAAUAAAGUGGCCAAAUUUUUAGCUAUUUU